AUGGGAAAACAAGACAAGACACAAUAUGAAAACAUAAAUGAUGAUUGUGAUUAUAAUAAUAAUGAUGAUGAUGACGAUGACAAUGCUGAUAAUGAGCAGAAUUUUUAUUUCCUUAACAAAAAUUUCAACACUGGCAACAUACAAGCCUCAAAAAGUAUUAAAAACGACGACGUCGUUUGCGUCUCAGACGCUACGGCUGCCACUGCUGCUCAUCGUAUUGUUUCCCGUGCAGCCGGCAGCAAUAACGUCGUCGUCGUCUCAGCCGCUAAUCAUACGGCCAACGAAAGCAACAACAUCAGCAUCAACACCACAGCUACAGCCACUACCACUUAUAAUAUUGCCACCACCACUACCAGCAACAACAACAACAGCAACAACGCCAGCAUCAUUUCCACUUCGGCAGCCAUACAUAGCCAACAGGAACAGCAACAAACUAAAAACGACGACGACAUUGUCAGCAAUAUUAAUAUUACAGCUUCUGGCUCUCAGAACAUUUCCACCAUUUUACUCACCUCGAAUUCGAACUCGAAUUCCAACGCUGUUGUCAUAUCUACCACACUACCCAACUCGGAGUCUUGUACAUCUACAACACCUUUGUGUGGUGGCCUCACCACUUCGAAAACUACUUCAACCAUUUCAUCGUCAAUUGAUACGACUGUUACAUCUCCCAGCCUGCAGCAGAAAACUGUUAUCAACACCACCCCCUCUACAGACGCUGUUAGCAACGUUGUGAGCUCUCCUCCACCACUAUCAACAUUAGCAUCAACAUCCUCAUCUUCAGCAGCUAAAAUACAAUCAACUCCCCCAACACACACCUCCUCCAAAUCCUCUACACCCCUGGCGAAACAAAAACAAUCCCAACCCCUCCAACUACCCACUUCACCCUUAACAUCUCAACCCUAUCAACAUACAACUGCAGCAACAACAUCGUCAACAACAACAGCUGCUGUUGUUGUUAUCGGUUGCUCAACGUGUGAGGCUUUAAAACGAAAACAACAGCAACAAUAUUUGGAGGUUGUGCUGCUGUUGCAGCUGCAUCAGCCACAUCGCAAAUAG